ACCGAAACCAAACAACUCGGUCCGCCCUUUCUCUUCACCUCCUCUCGAUUCGCUCUUCCCUUCCCUCGCUGCUAUUUCUCCCUCUCUCUACUUCUCGCUGCUUCCUCCAUUGCAGCGUGUAUCUGUCGCGUUGGUUGUUGCUGGGAACAUUGAUCCCUCCCUACUACUUGAACCUUCGUCAGCACCGAAUCUCCCUCAACCUCUGCCUCCCUCUCACCCCCCAUCUACCCGGUUGCAUUAACUUGCAAUCCGUCCAUCCAUUACACUUUAAAUUCCCUCUCACCCUUCAAAGCAAAUCUGCCCCAUCUCUGCUCGAGCUUGUCAUCAAAUUUCCGACCGUUUGUCCGUUUGCCUACUUUCGGAAACGGAGUUAACGCCCUUGUUAUUACACAAGCGAGUUUCGAUCGAGUGAGUGUGUGAUAGGUGGCGAAGGGCGAAGCUUUUUUUAUUUAUUUUUUAUACUUCAUAUUUACAACCCUUCUGGCCUAGUUUGCCCGUCGGUUUCUUGUUCUUCCGUUUUUCUCCUUUUUCUUUGAUACUUCCAUUGCGUUCCCUUCACUUCUUUUCACCUGGUCGUCGUCAUUUUCUCACGGUUCUGCGAGCCACCCAGUAUCUCGACCACGUUUACGUACGCUUAUAGCUCAGCGCGAUACAGCACAGCCCCCUCCUCAAAGGAGCAGAGAAAAAAAGAGAGACGAACCCUUUUUCAUUAUUGACCGUAGAUCGUCAAUAAGUUUCCUUGACGAAUGUCAUAGUCAUUCAUUCUUUCGUAUAGAACCAACAUCUCGGUAAAUCGCCAAUCUAUUCUGCCGCUGGUUACAACUUCUUUAACAUCGGCAACAAUAAACUGGUCGACCGACAAGACCAAACCAAAAACAUUAUCGAAGACUAAGCCGUUCAUUGUGUUUGUUCAUUUUUUCUAUUUCCUUGGUUCUUUACACAGCAACGUUCUUUGUCAAACUGGCCUCCAUCACCCGUACUCAUCUCCAUAGAGGUAAUCAUAAUAUCUCCUGUCAACCAGUGGCCCGGGUAUAUCGCAAUCAUGACGAUCACCAUGACUACAGAUCCCUACGUAAUUCUAGGAAUCCCUCAAGAUGCUGCUCCAGCGGCUAUUCGAAGCUCGUACAAAAAACUCAUCUUGCAGUGUCAUCCCGACAAGGUGCACGACGAGUCGCUUCGUGCCGAGAAGGCGGUACAGUUUCAAAAGGUCCAAGAAGCCUACGAGUUACUCAUUGAUAGUCGCCGCCGGCGAAAAUAUGACGACGAGGUGAAGAAGGCGGCGGCGGCGGCUGCCGCUGGACCAUCCAAGAGUGGGGGUGGUGGUAGUGGUGGUCAGUCGUCGGAAGAGAGACAUAGGGAUCGGGAUAGAGAGCGGGAUAAGGAGAGGGGACAUGGCAGGAGUAGUAGGAGAAGGGAGGAGGAUCGGAGGGCUCGGGAGGAACCAUCAUCGAGACACGCUGAGGACCCUCGGGAAUCACCGAGAAAGUCGUCUUCGUAUCGUCAUCAGCACUCCGAACCUACUUCAAGAUCCUACGAGGGUCAUCCACAUUACCCAGAGGAGCAAUCUUCAAGACACAAGUCCUAUAGCCAACGAUAUCCUGAAGAGUCACCGAGAAAGGCCUCUUAUGGCCCCUCAUCACAUCAUCACAAGGAGCCACCGCUUUCCGCCCGUGAUAUUCCAAGGGAGUCGCCACGUUCCACUCGCGAUAUUCCCAGAGAGCCCCCUCUAUCGUCCAGAGAUAUGCCCAGGCACUCGCCUCCACUGUCAACUCGUGAUAUCCCAAGACCCCCCGAAUCACAGCCACAACCUACCCAGGAAGCGGUACGACCCGGUUAUCUUGAGAUGAAGGCUGCCGAAAAGGCAAAGUUGGAUGGAAUUAGAAGGAAGUUGACGGAGGAGACAUCUGGAGGUAUGUCGGAUGAGAUGAAACAGGCUGCUAUAGCGGAGAAGCUACGGGAAAGGGAAAGGGAAAAGGCUAGGCUUGAGAAAGAGAGGAGGGAGCGUAAACUGAGAGAGGAGGAGGAAGAGAUUAUGAGGCAACGGGCUGAACAGGCUGAAUUGAGGGAAAGACUGAGGGAGGGUAGUGGAUUGGGAAGAAGUACUGAUGUCCCGCCUUGUCGGGAACGCAAGUCGUCGAAAUCACCGCCGAUGCGCAGAGGAUCAUCAUCCACGGCUUCGAAAAUCGGAGAGGAUAUUCCCUCCACGCCAAUGAAGAGACCUGCCUAUGUGUACGGGUCUUCGGCCCCUCCGCACCCCACCUACCCCACUUCUCACCCUCUGAAUCCCAAUGGUAAUCACGGCCCGAGACGGAGACACUCUAGUCCCAGCAUCGAAAAACAGACUCAACGCAUGCAACGAGAUAUUCCGUGUGAUUCCGGCUAUUCAAGUCCCUCAACAGAUACACCUCUUGCUGAUAAGAAGAUGCCGGGGGCCACGCGAGCCGCAACCGAGGUCCACCAAGGUUACGAUCGCUCUGGCAAUUGGAGACGGUUCACCUUCGAGGUUUACGUUCAUGAGGACGACGCUCCUGCCCCGGGCCCCGGGACAGCUCCUCCCCAAGGCCCUAUCCCGCAUACAACUGGUCCCCUACCUCAUGGCCCUCACCAAUACCAAUCUCGUCGGGCUCCUGGCUCGACAUCUCCUUCGAUUCACCCCGCCGAGCCUAUUGGGACUACUCUGCCCCCAGAGUUUGUCCAGAAGGUUACCGGAAUCCCCUUUUUUACCAGUAGCACCGUCGAAUCGCACUUUGGAUCGCCGCCUAGCAACCACCCCCACUCAUCGCACUCGCCGCCUAGCAAUCACCCCCACUCAUCACACUCGCCGCAUAGCACACCACCACGGCCACAUGGACGCCAUCACUCACACCACUCGCCCAACCAAUCUCCUAAACUCGGUUCCGAGACAUUUGCAUCGCCUGGGGUGUCGCGAUCUCACACUUAUAACACCCAUUCCCGGAGAGCGGGCCUCGACCCCCAUUAUUCGGGAUAUCCACCCGGUUUGACGAGGAACGCGACCUUUAGUUAAAGUUCCAUGCUAGGGUGGGGGUGUCUGCUUGGAUGAGGUCUUUGCGCAACUUGGCAAUUUUAAAUGAAAUUGGGAUCUAUAGUUUUUUUUUCUUUUCCACGGAAGAUUUUUCGAGAUGAUGUGCUCACAGUGUUCUUGGUUUUGUAUUCGCGAUCUUUUUUUGUUUCAGCUGAUUCUUCCCAAUUUGUUUUAUUCGAUGUCUAGUUUGGAUUGACAAAUAGGCGCCGGGGCACAAAUUUCGCUUAUCUUUCGAAUCAUAUCAAUCGCUCAUUCCGCAGUCUUUGCUUUUUUGUUUCACCAGCUCGGUUUUUAUUCUGUCGCAUAGUUUCUUUUACUCAACAUGUUAAACAUCUGCCAACUCUUUUUUCUUUCAUUUUCAACGAUUUAUGAAUAAAUGGUGGGAAUUUUCUUUCUUUCUAUCUUUAUUUCUACUCAUUCAUCGAUCCUUUUCAAUCUUUUUGCCUCGCGGUUUGCUUUUUAUUCUUCCCAGUUCGCUGGUUUGAAACUAACCAUUGUGCGCGCGUUUGCCCUGAGCGGAGAAUAUCCUGUGCGCUGUGGUCAGUAGUGUCUCGUUUCGUUGUGGGGAAUCUCGGAGUUAAUGUGGCGAUCAUUUCUUCCGUUUUGAGCUUUUGUCUGUGCCUUUUUGUUUUGCUGUUUUUUGUGUUAUGACUGUAGUCUGUUCAACUCUGGAACCGUACGUCCGUGUCCAGGUCAGGGGUUGGGUGGUGUGUGUGCGUGGGGGAGGGGAGAGGUUUGGAGAGCUGAAGGUUUAUAAAGAAUUAAAUUUGUUUUUGGGGGUGGAG